GACGGCGUUACCGUCUCCAAGGAGCGGUCCGGGGCACCGGUUUCAAAGUCGCAGGGCGGGCCGAGUGGACUUCCGCUGCUGGCCCCGGGUUUCCCUGCCGUCCUGGAGUCAACGCCUCCACCCCAAACGCUCCUCCAAGGACGCCGUCACCCGGCUUCUUGCCGGCUCCUUCGGCUGUCUCCUAAGUGGCCCGAUACGACCCCGAGUGACCUGCGGGACGCCUAUAGCCACCUGCGUCCCCGUUUUACCCGGCCGGGAUUCGGGUGAACGUGGAACAAAAUUCACUUGGUGGGUCCCCAGCAGACCUGAAAUCUGAAGUCUGUUGCCUGAGCGAGGGGCUACGCUGGGACUCGGGAGAAGAAGUGGCGGGGGGGCUGUUGACGCCGCGUGAGUAGGAUGCUGAUAAUACCGCUCGAGUGCUUGACAACCUCCGGAGCGUUGCUUUAGUUUUGUUUUCCCGCACAGCGAGCUCUGGGUUUUUUCUUUUUCGGUGGUGGUGGUGGUGGGGUUUUGUUUUGUUUUUGUUGUUUUUGAAGAAAGUGAAGGUGGUGAAAGCUCCAAACUAAAAUUCUAUCGAAAUGGCCACAGAAAUCGACUUUGUGAGAGAUCAAAAUCGACUAAAUGAAGUACUUAGACGAUAUCAAAUGGAAAAUUUUUCCAAAUAUUCAUCAGUGCAGAAAACUGUCUUCAAAGGAAAUGGAGAUGACACAUUAGAAAACACAAUAGUUGAUCAAAGCUUUUUAGCUCCUCUUAUUAUUGAGUAUGAUAAGCAUCUGGAAGAGCUAAAUAGGCAGCUGAAGUAUUAUCAGAAACAUAUGGGUGAGAUGAAACUACAUCUUGAAAAUGUCAUCAAGGAAAACGCAAGGUUGCACAGUGAAUUAAAAGAUGCUGUUGAAAAGCAACUGGAGUCCCUUCCCUUUGGCACAGACAUGGGAAAUGAUAUAUAUACAGAUGAUGAAACAGUUAGGAAUCUACGAGAACAAUUACAACUAGCCAAUCAAGAAAAAACUCAGGCUGUGGAACUCUGGCAGACUGUUUCUCAGGAGCUGGACAGACUUCAGAGACUUUACCAGGAACAUAUGACUGAGGCCCAGAUUCAUGUAGUUGAAAGUCAAAAACAAAAGACUAACCAACAGUUUCUGAAAACAGUAACUGAACAAAAUGUGGAAAUUGAGCGACUCCGAAAAAAACUCAGGCAAGCCAAGUUAGAUAUGGGAGUUGCAGCAGCAAAAGUGGAAGAGUUAAAUAACAUGGCUGAAAAUCUUCAAGGACAAAUGCAAAAGAAGGAGGAGGAAAUGUUGUCUGCCCAAGGAAGAGAGGAAGCAUCAGAUAGGCGUUUACAGCAGUUACAAUCUAGUAUAAAACAAUUAGAAACAAGACUCUGUGUAGCAAUCCAAGAAGCCACCCAAUUAAGAGCACAAAAAACACAUUUGGAAAAACAGACCAGAGAGUUACAAGCAAAGUGCAAUGAAUUAGAAAAUGAAAAAUAUGAAGCUAUUGUAAGAGCCAGAAAUAGCAUGCAGCUCUUAGAAGAAGCUAACCUUCAAAAAAAUCAGGCUCUACUUGAAGAGAAGCAAAAAGAAGAAAAUAUAGAGAAAAUGAAAGAAACAGUCUCUCGGCUUGUGCAAGAUGCUGCCAUAAGAACCAGGAAGGAAGUUGCAAGCACAAGGAAACAGUAUAAUGUACAGAUUUCUCGACUAAAAGAAGAACUUUCAGCCCUUCAAAUGGAGUGUGCUGAAAAACAAGGACAAAUUGAACGAGCCAUUAGGGAGAAAAAAGCAGUGGAAGGAGAACUAGAAAAGAUUUACCAUGAAGGUAGAGUAAAUCAAAGUGAUUACAGAAAACUAGAAGAAAUGCACCAAAGAUGUCUGGUUGCAGAGCGUUCAAAAGAUGAUCUUCAACUAAGACUUAAGACAGCAGAAAAUAAAAUAAAACAACUUGAAAUAAAUUCUUCAGAAGAGAUAUCACGUUGCCAAGAAAUGAUUCAGAAACUUCAAAACAUAUUGGAGUCUGAGAGAGAGAACUGUGGAUUUGUCAGUGAACAAAGGCUGAAACUUCAGCAAGAAAAUGAACAGUUACAGAAAGAGACUGAAGAUUUAAGAAAGCUUGCUCUCGAGGCUCAAAAAAAAGCCAAAUUAAAGAUCAGUACAAUGGAACAUGAAUUUUCAAUAAGGGAACAUGGAUUUGAAGUUCAACUGAGAGAGCUGGAAGAUAGUAAUCGAAAUUCCACUGUUGAACUGAGGCAUCUCUUAGUGACUCAACAGAAGGCGGCCAAUAGGUGGAAAGAAGAAACAAAGAAACUUACUGAAAGUGCAGAAAUUAGAAUCAGUAAUCUAAAGAGUGAGCUGAGUCGACAGAAACUUCAUACCCAAGAGCUGCUUUCUCAGCUGGAAAUGGCAAAUGAAAAGGUAGUUGAGAAUGAGAAACUAAUUCUAGAGCAUCAAGAAAAAGCCAACAGACUUCAAAGGCGUCUAAGUCAGGCGGAACAGAGAGCGGCUUCAGCUUCCCAGCAGUUAAAUCUCUACAUCACAGUCCUAAGAGCUUCAAGUUUACCUUUUUUAAGGAAUAUGGUAAAGAAAAUGCCUACGUAAAAUCAACAACCUUGAGUUCUAUAGUAAAAAGAGUAGUUAUAGAACCUUAAUUAGAUAAUCCAGUUGGCAUCUCGUUUAGUCUUCCUCCUGACAGAAUUAAACCCAAGCAGCCCAACACAGAUGUUUUUCUCCUGUUACUUAAACUCUCUAAUGACAAAGA